AUGAGAAACAAUAUCGAAUUGAUAUGUGACGACCUAAACAACUGCACUCUCAUCAAGAGUGAAGAACUCCCCUUCAACCCGCUCCAAACAUCCUUUUGUUCAGUAAUUAAGUUCAGAAACUCGACUAUAGGAAAAUUACAGCUCAAUGUUUUAUCUAAUACAUUUACAUGUAAAAAGAUAACCCAAGGAUUCACCAGGAUCACAAAUCUUACGAUCCAUUCCAUAGCCAGAUGCAUUGGUACUGGAGAUUGCCCUUUGGGAACAGGAUGCGACGACAUUCGCCAAAAUACCUUCGUCAAAGAUUUGAUCCAAACUUAUGACACUCCCGGUCAUACAUAUUGCACAAGAGCAGGAGGAGGAAUAUUCAACAGCUGUGGACUCCCAAUCGAAGGAUGCCUCUUAUUCCGUCCAACCUAUGUACCGGAAACUACGACAGUAUAUGAGGAAGUGAAAUGCGCCGCUUGGACCCAGGAAAUCAACAUCCACAUGAGAAUGGAAUACUACAACAACACUCAUGAAUAUGAGUUUUCGCUUCAACCGUAUAGAAAAUACGAAAUACAUGGAAUCACGCUGCAGAUAUCGUCUAUAUCAACACAGGUUUUACCAGAACUGCUUAAUCAAGUAUUUUUAGUGUCAAAAUCCAACAGCUUAAUGGUUCCGGAAAACAAAAAGCCGGCCAUCAUAUGUAAUAGCCAACAGACAGCAGCACUAGACUUCAAAAACUGCCAUAUAAGGAAACCCUGCGUCUGUCUGGCCGCCGCAGCCCAGCUCUCUUGCAACUGUGACUCAGCUACAAGAAGAGAGCUAGAGAGAUUCAAAUUACCAAAAAAUGCACCUAAUUACGAUGUUUUAGAAAGAUCAAACAAGAUCAAAGUCAUCUCGUUUAUGGAAGAAACGACAGUAACUUUGGAAAAUCCUAACUAUAGCAUUGAGAAUCUAUACACCAAUAGACAUCCAUGCUUCUCGGACUUUCAGGUUAUGAAUGGUUGCUACAACUGCAGAGAUGGAGUUGAGCUCAACAUGACAUGCGACACUAAGGAUGAGUUAUAUGCCAUUCUUAAUUGCGAGAGUUUCAGCAAACCAGUUAUAUGUUCCGACAAGAAUCCCACCACAACGAUCAGAUUCUUCCACAAUUUACCAACCUUUGAAGAAAACUGCACACUCACUUGCGGCAAAGCACCGAAACAACAGAUUAGGCUAAGUGCUAGAUUACAUUACAUAUUCGACACUCCUAUGCUUUCAGAACCAGACAUCAAUCAACACAAUGGAACAUCAGGAAUCGCUUGGGACUGGCCAAACAUGGGACCGAUGAUGGAUAUUCUAUUCGCCAACUGGAAAUGGAUCGUGCCAACCGUAGCCGCCGUAGCAGCCGUGAUCUACUUUGCCGGAACAUCUGCCGCCUUCUUACUACCAACACUUGGACCAGCCAUAAUGGCCUUAUGCUGUUUGAAACGUGCCAACAGCAUCCCCCCGCCCGCAGUAUCAGGAAAUGCCUGA